UUUGUGGAAUCCUACAUUUCCCAUGCUGCCCAGCGCACACGGAAGUACGUCAUCAAGCGUGACCUUGGCGUGCGUACUUUUUUCUGACAGACGAAGAGGACGAGCAUGGCGAAUAAAGAUCCCGGUGGUUUCCUGCAGCAGCUGCGGCAGAUAGCAGCCAGGAUGUCGGCAGGAUCUCGGGGCGCAGGAAUCGGACUCAAACUGCUGAUCGGUGCCGGAGCGCUGGCUUACGGAGUCAAGGAAGCAACAUACACAGUUGAAGGAGGACAGCGAGCGAUCAUCUUCAACAGGAUCGGAGGGAUGCAGAUGGACACCGUUCUCUCCGAGGGACUCCACUUCAGGAUGCCCUGGUUCCAGUAUCCCGUCAUCUACGACAUCAGAGCCAGACCCAGAAAGAUCUCCUCACUCACUGGAAGCAAAGAUCUCCAGAUGGUGAACAUCUCUCUGCGUGUCCUGUCGCGUCCCCUGGCGUCCAACCUGCCCAUCCUCUACCAGCAGCUGGGACAGGACUACGACGAGCGCGUCCUGCCGUCCAUCGUCAACGAGGUGCUGAAGAGCGUCGUGGCGAAGUUCAACGCCUCGCAGCUCAUCACCCAGAGAGCACAGGUUUCGCUGCUGAUCCGCAGAGAGCUGUUUGAGCGAGCGAAAGACUUCAACAUCAUCCUGGACGACGUGGCCAUCACCGAGCUCAGCUUCAGCCGCGAGUACACGGCCGCCGUCGAGGCCAAACAAGUCGCCCAGCAGGAGGCGCAGCGAGCUUUCUUCUACGUUGAAAAAGCCAAACAGGACCAGAGACACAAAAUCAUCCAGGCUGAAGGAGAAGCCACGGCCGCCAAGAUGCUGGGCGAGGCCGUGACGAAGAACCCAGGCUACCUGAAGCUGAGGAAGAUCCGGGCGGCGCAGACCAUCGCCAAGACGAUGUCCCAGUCCCAGAACAAGAUCUACCUGAACGCCGACAGCCUGGUGCUCAACGUGCAGGCCAGCGACAACUUACAUUUGUUGCUGGGGAAGUAAGAGGACUCCAUCAUUCCACCUGGUCCUCGUCUACAGGAAGAAAACCUCUUCGUAGUUCUCUCAUUUCUCCCCCGUCCUCCCCCCGUCUGCUGGCGACUCCCCAUCAGGUUUAUCCGUAAACGCGCCGCAAAAACUGACUUUACCGCGCGUUGACUGGCGCCCAGCGGCUGCUCCAGCUGUCUCACCGCCAGGGGAUUUUAUUUUGAAAGGUUCCUCUGGUGUCGGCUAAAGUCUUGACCUUUCUCCUGCUUCUUUCUUUAUUUUUUUUUAUUUUAUAUAAAUAUACAAUCAUCUGUAGUGUACCGUCUUUUUUUGCUUUUUUCAGUCAGAAAGAUUUGUGAAUAAAAAGCCUUUUCAACCCUGGAAAGAUUAUGUACGUAUACGUGUCGACACUCGGGCAAGAAAUCAUUUUGGUUUCUGCCCUGACUUCCAUUAAAUGCAUCACAUGCAGAACAUUAAAGAGGACUUGAAAUAAAGAGUUUGAAAACU